AAGAAACGAUUUUAGAUAGCAAAUGACUUUCUUAUUGUGCGGACGUGAUUUCUUUUAUCUGCGCUGUUACUUACGAUAACAUUGUAAUUCUCGUAUAGUAAGCAACAUAAAUAUUAGAGCCAACCAGAGUUGGUUUACUGGGAAAUAGACACAUUUUCAUUGUAUUUCACGGAGACGGGGAACAUUGAAGCAUCUUUUCUCUAUAUAGUCUGCGGAGAACGUAUCCGUUUCAGUUUUUGGCGUUGGGAGAAUAUCCUCUCCUCGCUAAAUAUUUCGUCGUAGGAUUGUCAGUAGUGGAGUGUUUUUUUUUUCUGGAGACGAGUAAUUUUUCAGAGGACAGUUUCAAUGACUCACAACGGACAGGCUAUGAAUGGUACACCAGGGAAGACGAAUGCUCUCGAUGGUGGAGCAUCUCCAGAUCCUCUGAUCGAGAAACCGAACCUCAAGAACGGUCCUGAUGGAAAGUAUGUGAGUUUGAAUGACGUAUCAGCCGGUCAAGACAUCGAGCCAUAUGACAACGAAGAUGACCAAGCUCGAGGGAAAUGGGGAAGUAAGGUUGACUUUCUCCUCUCCUGUGUGAGCUAUGCUGUUGGUAUUGGAAAUGUCUGGAGGUUUCCUUUCCUUUGCUUCAAAAAUGGAGGUGGUGCUUUCUUGAUUCCUUACAUCCUGAUGUUGGUCCUGGCUGGCCUUCCAUUGUUCCUCCUUGAGAUGAGCUUUGGUCAGUUCACUAGUGUGGGAUGUCUUGGAAUCUGGAAGAUCUGCCCCAUGUUCAAAGGUAUUGGUUACGGAAUGUUGAUCAUCUGUUUCUUGGUAUCGAUCUACUACCAAGUGAUCCUGGCCUACACCAUCUUCUAUCUCUUCUCCUCCUUGACGUCUGUCCUACCGUGGGCAAGCUGCGGACAUGGUUGGAACACAGAUAACUGUACCAGUGAGAGAUUAAAGGAUAACACAACUUUCAACCUCACAACCCUGCUAAACCCAAAACCUCCCAGUGAGGAAUAUUUCUACAACCAUGUAUUGGGUAUCAGUAGUGGUGUUCAUGAUCUUGGUGAUGUCAAGUGGAAGCUUGCUCUCUGUCUGUUGGCUGCAUGGGUCAUCACGUUCCUCUGUCUCAUUAAGGGUAUCAAGACCUCAGGAAAGGUGGUAUACCUAACAAGUACCUUUCCCUACCUUGUCCUCUUCAUUCUCUUUAUCCGUGGAGUCACCCUUGAUGGCGCUGUUAAUGGAAUCAUAUUUUACAUGAAGCCAGACAUCGUCAAACUUGCAAAGCCACAGGUUUGGCAAGAUGCAGCAACACAAAUCUUCUUUUCUUUAGGUGUGGCUUUCGGUUCUCUUCAUACUCUAUCAAGUUAUAACAAAUGGAAAAAUAAUUGUUACAGGGAUGCUUUAAUAGUAUCUGUCAUCAAUUGCUUAACCAGUAUUUUUGCUGGUUUUGUAAUAUUUUCAGUACUUGGUUUUAUGGCCAAACAAGCAGGUGUUUCAGUUGAAGACAUAGUUACUUCAGGUCCUGGUCUUGCAUUUGUAGCCUACCCAGAGGCCAUUGCUAGGAUGCCCAUUUCACCUCUUUGGUCUAUUCUUUUCUUCACUAUGCUUUUCAUGUUGGGACUCGGAAGUCAGUUCUGCCAGUUUGAGACUGUAAACACAGGGUUGGCCGAUGAGCUUGAAAAAUACAACAAAAAAUUUAGAAAGUACAAGUGGUGUAUAACUCUUACAAUGUCAAUCAUAUGCUUCCUUCUUGGUUUACCAUUAGUUUGUGAGGGAGGGAUGUACCUUGUUAAUCUGAUGAAUGAUUUCUCAGGAGGUCUCUCACUCGUCUUCAUUGGAAUGUUUGAGACUAUCGUCAUCACUUGGUUCUAUGGUGUAGACAAAUAUCUUGAUAAUAUUGAAGCUAUGCUUGGAUUCCGUCUUAAUAUUUACUGGAAGGCCUGCUGGAAAUACAUCUCCCCUGUUUUCUUAUUAGUGGUGAUAAUCUUUUCAUUGGUAAUGUACGAGCCCAGUAAAUAUGGCUCUCAUUACACCUAUCCUAGCUGGGCUGAAGCUAUGGGAUGGAUGAUGACAGUGGUUUCAUUGGUUCCUAUCAUCGUCUAUGCUAUCUGGUUCAUCUGGAAACAAGAUGCAGCCACUAUCAAGGAGAAAUUACGAAUGGCAUCUCGUCCUGCCGUUGACUUUGGGCCCGUUCUCAAUCAUCAUCGCAAAGAAGCCGGUUUCCCACCUCUGCCAAGCCGCUCUCAGAACGCCCACGGCACGCUCGAUGAAACCAACAAUACAUUCGUCUGAGGUGUGGAACAUACCAUUCAGUUUAAGGGGUGCAUUCGAUGAGGAAUAUAAUGGGUGUAAAACACCACUCCCUUUAUGAAAAAGGAUCUAAAAAUAAAAAAACCUACAAAAUGUAUCAAUAAAACUGAUUCUCAAUAAAACUGCGUAAUACGAACUGCCGUAGUCAUUCUUUUUUUUUUUAGCUUAUUAUAUGCAGCUGGUCGUAUUCUUAUAUCAGCUUAGAAUUUUGAUGUAACUUUUUAACCUUUUCAGGACCUUGAUGAAAAACAGUGUUUUUAUACUGAUCUUGUGUUUUUUCCUGAAUAAAUAUAUUUCAAUAAAAUAAAAAAAUAAAAAACUACAAGUGCUGCUAAAGGAAUGUUAACUUUGUUUUUUGCUGAAUUUAUUUAUCAUUUUUUUUUUGGGGGGGAUGUUGAUCUAUUGACUAGAUAUGGGCAUUUUUAAAAAUUGUUAUGAGGGCACGGAAGGUGUCUGGCACCUUAAGAUUUUAAGGAUAAAUCCUUUGGGGUUUCAAGGACACCCAAAUCCAUUUUUUUUCUUCUCUUUUAUUCCUUUUAUCUUAUUUUCCCCUCUUAUUAUUUUUUUUCACUACUUGACAAUCAUUGUGGGGUAUAGGACCCCCAUGGUACCAGCAGGAUCGGGAAAUAGGCUAUACCAGAACUCAACCCCCCUCUGCAUUCGGUCAAUAUUUAUUUGUUUUCAACAUAAGACUGUGUGAUCCUACUCUUGAAUGCAUCCAAACUCGUGAAAAAUGCAGAAUCCCUGCUAUGAAAAAUAAAGAAAAAAUGAGAAAAAAAAUGAAGAAAAACAAACGAAAAGAAAAUGGAAGGACGAUCUCCAUAAUUCAACAUAAUGGAUUAUUUACCAUCAGCUUACCAACGGAACAGUGGUAGAUAAAGCAUCAGUAUUAAAGUAAACUUCACACUGAUAUUAUACUGUACAUGUAUGUAUUUUUGAGAACGCUUUAAAGGUGAAAUAUUAAUAACAGCCUAACAGGGUCAAAUAAAUGCAGCUAUAUAGGAGCUAGACCCAUGUAAAUGUAAGCUACAAUUGAUAAAUACCUUGACUGCAAGUUAAAGCUUUCGCUGAAUAUAGACUUUACAAAUAUAGGCUGAGCAGACGAGUCUGAAAGUUGAGACUUUGAAGUUCAAGAAUAUAUAUAUUUUUUAAUUAUAAUUUACCAUUGAAUAUUAAGCCACCUUGUAAGAGCUAUUUGGAGAUAAUAUGACACAAAGAGGGAUUAAUAAAAUAGUUUGAGAAUAUUACUGGAAGGUGAAAAGUAUUAUACCAAGGAGCUUGAUUAUACUAGUUUGAUCUCUCAAAUAUGCUGUCAAUAUGUAGUAUAUAUAUAUAUAUAUAUAUAUACUACACAAAUAAAUUUAUUAUGUUAUGUAUGAAUAUAUGAAAUCAAACUUGAUAUGGUUCAUCAGGGUACAUAUAGAAUUUAUAUACCCAGAAACAAUAAUGUAAUAUGAUAUUAUGAUGUGCACUAUAACAUCACAUCCCCACCCUCUUCCCUGAUUAUGUAUGUAAAAGUAAUAUAUAAUGUGCUAUAUACCAAGGAGAUACUAUACACAUCGUUCUCCAAAUAUCCUGUCAUUUCAGAAGUACAAAACGAUAUAAUGUUAUGUACACUAUAUUACAAUAAUCUCUCCUUUUAUUCCCCCUUACAUGUACAUGUCCCUUACUGCUCACUUCCCCAUUAUUCUCUCCUAAAAUAUAAGAUUGAUAUGAUUGUAUGAAACUAUUGGUUUAUAAAACAUAGGAUCAUAUUUUGACAUUUUUUUAUUAGUUAUGUGCAAUAAAGCUUGCAAACUUUUAAGUCCUUUAUAAUUGAAUUGACUUGAAUUAUUUUUUCACUUUGGGGUCAAACUAUCUGAACUGCCAAACAUGUGCUGGACACUAUAUAUUUAGGAGUAUCUGAAAUACAGUAUAAAUAAGAGUGGCACCAGUUAAAGAGCAAAUGUAUGCAGAGAAGACAGAGAUGGACAAGCUUUCUCAAUAUUUGUGAAUUAACAAGACUUAAAAGUCUUAUUAAUUUAUGUGUCUGGUAUGCUGUAAAUCUGAGUUUUUUUUAUUAUAUUUAUCACCAUGCAUUGCUGCUGGAAACUAUUUCUUUUGAAUGAGGAACAAUCAGAAUCAGCUUGUAAAAGCUCUAUACCCCUGCUUAACUGGAUAUUUGUUGUUAAUUGUUUUUGUAGAUGAUUGUACUCAAAGCAUAAAAGAAUCUUUGCAAAUUGGAUACUACAAUAUUUCUACACGUAUCUCGUUCAUGCAAAUUCUUCAAGGUGAUUUGGUAAUUGAAUGAUAUAAAUAUACGGUUAUUCCUUGAUGCGGAUUUUCAUUGCUAAAGGAGCUUCAACAUUUAUUGGAAUACAAGGUGAUACAGUGUAACAUGUACAGUAUAUGUUUUUCGAAUUGUGUUAUAGUUUAUUACUUUUUAUGAUAUUUAAAAAAAGGUUGCAAAUAUGAAUGUUUGGAACAGGGUAUAUGUGCUACAUAUUCACAUUUGAGCAUUUUAUUGCAUGCGAUGUGUUUGUGUGAAUUAUAUUAUCUCUACGAUGUAUAUAGCACCUUCACUGAUCAGCGUAUGGUCUCAUUAACAAUCAAGCUAUGUAGGGGGGUCCAGGAACUUAGUUUAAGUAAAAAUUUCAACAGUUGAUGAAAAGGACAAAGAUUAUUGCCCGUACUCUGAAGUUCGGAGUAAGUUAGGCCAUGGACUAACUAUGCUUGAAUUAUGGGAAGUUGAAAAUAUCAAAAUUCUGUACAUCGUGUUUGUUUCUUGUUUUUGCUGCGCUCUUUCCCCAUGCUUCACUGGUGAAGAAGACCAUUUGAGUUAUUAUUUCCAUAGAGUUAUGAUUAACUUGAGUGUCAAAUAUGUUGUUACAUUUCAACCUGUUAGAGAUUUGCGUCACGAUUGACUAUUCAUAGUUAAACCACAACUUUCUUAGACCACACUUUAAAUUGAACCCUUCAGAAUACGGGCCUAUAUGUUCUCAACAAUUUUUUUUUCUUUUAGUUGUAAUUGGUAGAAAGAAUAUUUUCUAUUAUGAAAAGAUAUUUACAAACUGCUUGUAACCUUUGAAGUAGUGUGCUGUGUGUCAAUUGAGACUAUAUGGUGUGCGAAGUUAUUUUUUCUCUUUAACUACACAUUCCACUUGUAUAUUAAGACUCCAUGUGCCUGUAUACAUUGACUUUACUUGGUUGAUAUUAUUCAUAUUAAAUUAAUAUUUACUUAUGUUGCUCAUUGGGUGAAAGAUAAAUAGAUCCCUCACCUGGGCCGUCCAGUCAUGAAGCUUAAAAUAAUAAUUGUUAAUUAUCUUUUGGAUGGAAUUUAAAGAAUUUGUAUUUGAAGUUUAUUUAAAUAUGAAUAGGAAUAUAGGAGGUUAUCUGUAUGCGAUAGUGUAUCACAAUGUUUUUGAUUUACUUUAUUUUUGGAUACUCUUUUUGUAAUGUAAAUAUGUAAAUAUGGAGCGCAAUAUUGAGAAAGAAUAGUCCAAAAUAUUGUUUUUCAUUCUUUUUGAAAAUAUGGUUUUAUAUAACCUUUUCAGUUCUAACUACACACUCUAUAAAAGCCAUUAUAAGCGAAAUUCGAAUCUUGUGGUUUUAACCUCUUUAUUUGAUGUUAAUUUCAUCAUGUUCAUGGUGAGGAAUUCGCUAAUCUAUUGGUUGUAAAUAUUAGAAGUCAUGCAUCAUGUGAUUUUACAUCCAUCUAAUAUUUCCUUUCUCGUCAAGUAACAAAGACCGAGGACAUUUUAAAAUUUAUCUUUAUCUCUCGUUUUCCUUUUAGAACGUAAAAUGUGUGAUGUAAAUAAUAUUGACUGAAUAGUAAGGUCAGGUAUCAAACAUAUUUGCAUGUUUUAUGGUGAUAAUAAUAUUUUUGUAGAAUGGAGUAGGAAUAAUCUGAACCGUCGCAGCUGAAUAACUUGUGUUAUUCAUACGGAAGAUAUAUAAUA